AUGGAUAUUAAAAAUGAAAAACGUUAUGAUUUUGCGAAUCCUUUACUUAAUAAAACCGUUUUACGUAUCCCUAAUAAAGAAUUUACAAAUCAGGAUAGUCUUAUAAAAUUUUUUAAAUCUAAUAUUGAUAAAGAAGAGUCUAUCAAACCAUCCGAAAAGAUUUUUUUAAAAACCUGGAUCGAUAAUUGGGUUGAAGAGAACAACAUUUCCAGGGAGAUUGGUGAAACUCGAGUGUGUGAAACGUGUCAGACUCCAACUUAUGCAAAGAAAUUUUGUGAAUACUGUAUUCGAGGAUAUUUAACUAGAAAUUUCUCGAAUUGGUCAUCUGGAGUUAAUGAAAUUGAUGAUUUAAUUCGAAAAUGUCAGAAAAAAACAAUAAGGCCUGAUUAUAUUGUCGAGUGGAUACCUUACGGGAAUUUUGUUAAGCCUAAGUUGGAAACAACAGGUGGUUGUGCAAGUAUCUAUUCGACUAUUUGGCUUGGUGGUAGGUAUGAUAGGUGGAAUGCCGAUAAAAAGCAACUUGAAAGAACUGGUGACAGAAAAGUAAUUCUUAAGUAUUGGGAGAAUUCAAGUAAUCCGAAUAAAAGAUGGUUCCUCGAGGUCAAACAACACCUCAAUUUCAUGAUGAGAACAAAUUCGGUUGUUAAAUGUUAUGGACUGACGAAAGAGCCAGAAUCUCAAAACUUUAUGCUUGUCUUAGAACCUAUGACAAACAAUUUGUUCGACUUUUUGCUUAAAAAUGCUUCUUCUCUUAAUUGGCAACAAAGAAUUGAAAUUCUUUAUGAUAUUACAUAUUCUCUUAUGAAAAUUCACGGCUCUGAAUUAAUCCACCGUGAUUUGCAUCCUGGAAAUAUCCUUCAAGGACAUAACUCCAACAACUGGUACAUUAGUGAUCUCGGUUUCUGCGGACCAGUUGUUCAAGAACCAGGUGAUAUAUAUGUUAAUCCACCAUACGCUGCUCCCGAAGUAUUGUGCGGUGAAGGAGGAAUUAAUCUUGAUGAUCAAUUCAUGCCUUUUGUUAAUGGAAUUUGCAAUGGUCUCCGUCCAGAUACCAUUAAUGGGAUUCCUCCUGACUACGAAGAAAUAAUGAAACAAUGCUGGAGUGGAAAGGUUUCAGAGAGACCUAAUGCGCAAUAUUUGUUUGCUUAUUUUGAAAAUAAACUUAAAAAAAUCUAUAGAAAUGAAUUGAUGUUUCCAGAAUUGAUCAAUAUUAACAUCAAUUAUUCGUCCCAAAUUACUAACGCUAAAAGUCGUAAUAUCAUACUUUUAAAACAUUUACCUGAUCAAAACAAUACUGAUAUUUAUAAGGCAAAUUCAGAUGGCGAAACUAAAUUGAUUCUAAUCACAUCUGACGAUGAUUAA